CCAUAAGCAACUCUACCACUCAUGGCCACAAGCCUUGCUGUUGGUUCAUGCUGCAGCUGUAGCCUGUGUCCAAGACCAUCGUGCCUUCCCAAGGAGGCAGCCUUACUCGCCCCCCCAAAUCCCCUCAGACCCAGUCUUUGUCAGCGCUUGCCCCUCAUUUACCAAUCCUCUUCCACCACAUCCAUUCAUGGAUCAAAUGCCAGUUUGAAUUAUCGUCCACGAAAACCAGUGAUUACUGCAGUCAAGGUGCCGAGACUUAAUCCAUGAUCCGUACGACUCCCCACUUCGGCAUCCACCAAAUAGUCUCACCAAAGCCACGCCCACCCCACCAGGGCUGACCGCGGACCAACCUCAACGGCUGCCUGCCUAUCGCCCAAAAUGCAGUUAUGUGUCAACCCAACGUUGCUAGACGCGGCCCGCCACAGCCGCAUACCAACAGUCUCAACCCGCCGCUGACAUGCAUAGCAAAGUCAACAACCACUGGCGCCAAGCCCAUCGUCAAUGCAACAGUCAGUCAGGGCACGAUGGACACUCAACUUGACCCCGCCAACCUGCCCCGCCAUCUCGUGAGAUUCAUAUAGAGGGCCAGAGAUCUUUUGUCUUUACCUGCUUGGACUCUGUAUCUAUUCAAAAACAAACAAAACUUGAACCAUGGCUGACCCCACUGCCAUCACGGCUGCUUUGACUGGCCUCUUUCCCCUGGUCAAAGAGGUCUUUUUAAUGACCCAGGUUCUCUUUGAGGCCGACAAGAAGCUUCGCUCUUUUUGGGCACGGGUGGAACUCCAGAGAGCAAUCUUUGAUGCCUGGGAGGAUGGGUGGCUCGACGCCCGGGACAAGCCUGAUGAUAAGAUCAAAGCAUACGCAUUUGAGAAGCCACUUCUGGCAAGGGGUAUCUUGAAGGAAUUCGUGAGCCUGCUCAAGACACUCUCGGAUCCCGACAAGCUCAAGAAAAGAUACGGUCUGAGGCCCGAGAGGAUCCCCAAGUAUGCGACCAGAAACGACGAUGUGCCGAGGGACUUGAGAUACUACUCGGAUUAUCUCAGCAGUGUCGACAGCCGCUUCAACAUUAAGGGACUUCCUGCCUUCAACAAGAGCAUCAACGACCACUUGAACUUGCUUAAGACUGUCCGUUAUGUGAUAGUGGGAAAGGACUACGAGCUUGAGGAUGUAGUCAUCCGGUUCACCGAGUUCAACCGAGACUUGCAGCUGUAUACUGACAGCGAGGCCAACAACGAAGCGGCCCAGAGAAUCUACGAGGUUGUCCUUACGGGUCUCCACUCGAAGCCUGACGACCCAGCACGUCUUGCCGAGGCAGCUCUGUUCGAGCAAAAGGCAACCAUCGACCCCGACGCCAAGCGAUUCUACGGCGACAUCGCUAAAUUCAUCGGCUUCUCCCUCUCCCUCCGAGACGUCACCGUCCUCAACGGCCGCGGCCUCAGCCCCAACAUGCCCUCCCAAAAGAUCUUCACCCGCCGAGACUUCUCCUUCGACGCCCCUUACAAACUCGGCCCCCACUCCACCCUCGCCCGUCUUUUGGAUUAUCCAACCAAAUACCAAACCCGCCUCGUCCUCGUCGAGUGGGUCCCCGUCCCCAAGACCGUCAACGUCAAGACCAAGCUCGAAGGCCUCAAGUCGGAGUGGUAUGUUCUCCACGCUGACAAACCCGACGGUCUCCUUUUGCCGACGGCCCAAGGUCUGGUGUACGAUAACACCGACUCCAACUUCAUUGGCAUCGUCUUCCAACUCCCGUCGCACAUCAGGACGGAAGUUCCCCCCAAGAUCGCCGGCCGGGUUGAUCCCCGGGUUGUCCGCUCCCCCAAGACCACGGCCGCUCAAAGGAUGCCCACCAGCCUGAGGCAACUCAUCCUCCAACAACCGGCCCUCGACCUUGGCGUCCGGUUCAAGCUGGCGCAAAAGCUACUCAACUCUCUGCACUUGAUGCACACGGCCGGCUGGAUGCACAAGCGCAUCCGCGCCGAUAACAUACUCUUUUUUCCCUCCCAGAGCCGAGACGGCGAGCCUGACCCGACAAGACUGGACUUUGAGAACCCUUUUCUCGCGGGCUUCCACUCUGCUCGCUUGGAGAUUGAGACGUCGUCUGUUCUUGAGGUGGCUGCAAAGCCGCUGGAGCAUAUCCGCCCGCUUCAGGGGCUAGGUAAAGUGCUGAAUCAGCCUAGGGUUGUCGCGUUGGAUGCGUACCAGCAUCCGGAGUAUAGGUAUAAUGUCAACCUGCCCUACCGGAAUCAGUAUGACCUUUAUGGGGUGGGGGCUGUGCUGUUGGAGCUGGGGCUGUGGGAGACGCUCGAGAUGUUGGAGAAGGGGGAUAUUGGACGGAGGGGGUAUGAUCCGAGGGUUGUGCCGACCAAGGAUGAUAUCAGGAAGGAUGGGGAGACGGUGGAGAGGGCGGGGUGGAAGUUGGAUAGGAUUAUGGGCUCAACAUAUGGAAAGGUGGUGAGGGAGUGCUUGACGCUCAAGCCUAUGCCGGGGGAUCUGCUUGGGUUGGAAAGGACGCUGGUGGCGAGGUUGGCUCAUUGCCAGGCCUGAUCAGGUUGGUUGGGAUCUAGGGUUGAAUGGAAAUAACAAGAGGGUUAAGAGCCAAAAGACCAAACGAUAAAGUUUAU